AUGGAGCCUCUGUCUCUUCAGUGGUGCCUAGUGCCAGGACAGGAGGCCAUGGGCACAGACUGCGACCCAGGGGGUCCUUCUGGACAUUCAGAAGUGCCAGAUGUGGCGUCAGGAUGCCUGACUGGUGACAGCAUCGGCACAGUGCUGUUACCCAGGGAAGCUAGAGAGUCUCCAUCCUUGGAGGAACUUGAAAGGUUUUCAGAAGCUGAAGAGCAAAACCUGGCAUCUCUACUUCUGCACUGUGCACAGCUGAGCAAUGGCAUCCAGCAGAUCCAAUGUAUUAAACAAAUUGUGCCAUUGGUGAAAAAGAUGAAUCAAAACUCUGCAUGUGAUCCCAUGGUUAAAGCUUGUUUUGAUAUUUUGGGCGAGACAUACUUUUCACUGGGUGUGAAGGAUCCUUUGAGAAAAGUGUUAGCAAGCAUGCAGGUAAUGUUCGCAGCUUCCUGUGCACCUUUUAUCGCUGCUCUAACUCUUGAUAGCUUUGAGGAAACAGAACUUUCAGUGCCUCACAGGAUUAGGCCAGUUCUUCAGUUUCUCCAGAAGUCACUACUUGACAUAGAGGAAGAAAACAGGCAAAAACAUGGAAAUUGUAUUGUUCAAACCCAGAUGAUGAACAACUUGCAGGUAGCUGUUAAAGUUUCAACUUUGCUCAUACCAAAGUUACAAGAAAUUAUCCAGGGAAGUCUUUGGAAACACCAUGAGUCUUUUAUAUGGCAAAGUAUGUGUAGUGUACUGAAAAGCUCUACAAACUUCCUAAUGGAUGCAACUCUCCAACAAACUGCUCAGACUACUGCAGGACUGGCCAUUAUUCUCUUUACUAAAGCUAUGUAUGAGCCAGUUGAAGGAUUCUUUGCUAAAGACUGUGCAGUCAGUGGCUUGCUUCUUGGGUCAAUGAAACACGCACAUGUGCCAUCAUGGUUUGUGAGUAGCUGUGGGACUUUGUGUAUGGAGGAACUCCCUGACUUGGUCUUUCUUUUUCUUUGCCAUGGAGCACUGGCUAUGCUGAAGUGGAAGAAUGGCAGCAUGGGUGAAAAUGGAGAGAAACUAUUGUUAGGUAUCAUAUCAGUCUUGUUGUCCUUGAGUUCAGAAUUAAAAGAAUCCAUUAUGACAGCAUCUUUAUCUAGAAUCCAUGCUAUUUGGACUAAUUCAGCACUGGCUGCCCUUAUUUCAGGCUGCCCAAAUCUAAGAAUCAAACUUAAUGGGAACUCAGACGUGAUUGGGAAGCUGCUGGAAUACAUUUAUACACACUGGGAACACCCUCUGGAUGCUGUUAGACACCAAACCAAAUUGAUAUUCAAGAAUCUUCUUCAGAUGCACUGAACCACCAUUAAUGGAUCCAAUGAAGAAUAGGAUCCUUUAAUUGCAAGGCUGAUAAAGCAUUUACUAAGCUUGGAAUGGUAUGUCAAAGGGAAAUACACUUCUCUUGGCUGUCUUGUGGAGCGUGUUGGCACUGAAAAUAUACUACAGUUGGACAGAACAAUUCUGCUACAUGAUGAUUGAUCAGUCUCUUGCACCUCUAGUGAUCUUUUGGAAACCCUGUUUAUAAAUCACAAAGUCCAUUUUACUUUGAGAUUUCAAGAAAGCACCUACUUUGACCAGUGGCAUGACAUCUGGGUUUCUCUUCUAGAUAUUUGUGAAGAGAACCAUGACCAAACUACUUAAGAUAGAUAUUUACCAGAAUUGCUCAAACCUAGCCCUGACAGUCUCAUGAUUAAAAUUCUUCAGAUUUCUGCAGAUGCUAAUCUAGGCUCUCGCAGCAGUGGAGGAGCCCCUGGAACAUUAAUAGCAUGCCUAAUAACAGCCAGGGCUCAUGGACACCUGUAACUUUUAAAUACCAUGAGCAAUGGUUUCUUAUCCACUGAAUGUAUAAGAUGGAUAGUUCUAGUUCAUCAGCACAAUCAGGUUUGCAUUAAUGCUAUAGGUUUACUAUGUGAAACCCAUUGUAGCACAGAAAUUGUGUCUGUGGAAGAAAUGCAACUGAUUCAGUUUUUCCUGAUGUACAACUUAAACAGCCAGUCUCCUUCAGUAAGGCAACAGAUAGUUUCUUUACUGAGAAGGUUAUUUUGUUGGAUACAAGAAAGUUCACAGGUGCUUUAUAAGUUGGAGCAAAAUAAAACCAAGCAAGAGUUACUUGAAAACUCAAAAAGGCAUCCUCUGGGGAUUUUGCAGCAAUAUAAAGAUUUCAUGUCAUCGUGUGACAGAGUUUGUGAGGUACUGUUUCCUGGUUCAUUACACCCAACCAGAUUUUCUGCACUAAAGAUUUAAGGAACAAUAGCAGAAAUAUUUUCUCUUCCAGAAGGCCAGGCACAAGUUUUUCAGUUUUAUCAGGACAUUUAUUCUACUCUUGUCCAAACUUUGAUCCGGUGUUUUGCCAGUACUUUUAAAGAAGUAAAAGUUCUGGCAUCUGGGCUUUUGAUGAAACUACAUGAUGUUGCAUUUAAUUUACAGAUAUGUAAUGAAAAACAGUUUAAAGGGAAUAAUUUUGUGAAAGGUGAAUGUUCUGUAUUACAGCAGUUAUUUAUCAAGCUUUUCCUGUUGAGUAUUGAAGAAGAAAUAUUUCAAGCUAAAAAGUCUCUGCUACAAGCAGCAGCAUCAUUCCCAACAUAUGGGAGAGUGCAUUGUAUAACUGGGGCUUUGCAGCAAUUGAUCCAUGUUAACUUGAAAUUGGUAGCUGAAUGGAAGGAAAUCGUGGCCAGGCUCAUUUUGAUGUCAUACAAACUCUCUGCUGUAGUAUCACCAGUAGUGCAAAGAUCAUCACCAGAUGGACUUAUUCCAGUGGAUAGUGAUCAAGAAAGUGUAGGCUGUCUGGAGAUGAUUCUGCAUGAGAUACAACCCCAGGACAUGAAUAAUUAUUUUAUGCAAGCAAAAAUUUUAAAAGAACACUGCAAAGCAGAGGCUGAAAAGCUAGCUGACCACGGGCCAGUGGAAAAUAGUUGCACAAAAAUGAGAGGUAAAGAAAGGGAAAUCUGACGUAUCACAGCUCAAAUGAGUCUUGUGUGUUGCUGGAGAAGCAUGAAGGAAGUGUCUCUGCUCUUAGGGACUAAACUUUUGCCUUCACAGGCUACAUCUGAACUUUCAGAUGGGUUGAUUACUGUAGAAUAG